AUGAAUUUACUUCAAAAGAUAACUUUUAUCUUAAUAAGAUUACUUUUAAUUUAGAUUAGAUGUCUUGCAAUAACUCUUAAUGAUUCCAUACCAAUUUAAAAGUAUAUUCUUCUUGAAAAUGAGAAAAUUUCCUCUUUAUUUAGUAUAAGUUCAUUUCCUCUUGAUAAUCAAAAUUAACAAGAUUAAAAAGAUAUUGAAUUUCCAUUAAUAGAAUUAAAAUAAAACAUAAUGUGUGGUAAUAUCAUGAUUAAAAAUCUAAAAUCUAUAAUAAUUGAUAAUGAUUAAUUAGCAAUUAUGACUAUAUAUGGUGAUGAAAUGAUAUGUUUAUUAUAAUUAAAAACAUAUUUAGUAAAUGAUGAAUUAAGUUAUUUAAAUUGUUCAAUUAGUUUUAAAUUAUAGUAAUAAAAUUGUUUCAAAGUUUAUUAAAUUUCUAAUGAUUAAUUAUUAAUAGUAUGUUAAAAGGAUUCAAAAACAAUAAAACUUUAUUUAUAGAAUUUUAAAAAUUAAGUAAUAAAUGAUUAUGAAGUUAAGAUAAUGGAAAAUUGUAAAUUUAAUUCAUUUCAUCAAGAUCAAUAUAUAAUUAUUUCUUAAUCAGAUUGCAUUAACUAAAUAGAUAAUAAAUACUAAUUAAAUAUGCUGAUAAUUAAUCAAAAUGAAAUUUAAUCUUAUUAUUAAUAAUCAUUAACAUAAUUAUUAUAAAUUAAAAAUAUAGAAAAUGCUGGAACAUUAAUUGAUAUUUAAAUUUGUCAUUCCAAAAAUUUAAUAUUUGAAUUUACAAAAGGAAUAUUCUAGUGUAACAUCGAUAAUUUAGAUCAGUGCUAUUAAAUUAAAUUAAUUAAUUAAUCUUCAACAAUUGUAAAAGCAUUUAAUUAUUGUUUUAAAAGCUACAUUUUAGAAUAUACAAAUGAAGGAGAAUGUAUUAUAUUUAAAAUAUAUAAGGGUUCUUUAAAAAAUAUCAAAUUUAUUUAAAUACAACUGAUUAUGUAGAUUCAAUUUAAAUCUAAAAUAAAUUAAUAAUUUAUUCAAAAGAUGAAUUAAUUGUAUUUUUUAAUCCUAGUAUCUUAAACAAAAAAUAAAUUUAAGUUUAAUUUAUGAUUCCUAUAGCUGAUUUAUCUUAUUUUGCUUUAUUAAAUAUUAAAGGAGAAUUACAAAUUUACAAAAUAAAUGAUUAAAGAUAUUAUCUGUCUUAUUCUCACCCAUUAUAAGUUAUCAUUAUUUUGCCAAUUGAUUUCUAUCAAAUAAAUACUGAUAUGGUCAUUAUAUAGAUGGAAUAAUAUGAUUCAUUAAAUCCUCCAUUUUUAAUUAACAAAAACGAAAUAGUAGUUUAUGAUAGAGAACUCAAAAACAAUUUAUUUCUAAGGAGAGAUUUAAUUUAAGAAUCUAUCCCUUUUUAGAUAUUGAAAAUUGAAAGAGAUGGAAGGAUUAUCAGCUAUUAAUAUUAAACUAGAGGAUUUUAAUGUAAAUACAAUAAUAAAGUAUCUUAUUAUAAUUUAUGGCUUAUUGAAAAUGAAAAUAAUAUCUAAGUUCUAAUUCUUGAAUUAAAAUAGACAAUUCAAAUAUAUAUUUGUUCAUAAGGAAUAUUAAUAAAUCAUUAUAAAAUACCAUUACAUUAAAAUUAUAUUAGUACUAUUGUUAAUCGAAAUUAUGUAUCUCUUUAUACAAUUCAUUAAAAUGAAUUCCAAUUUUAUUAAUUUAUUGAUAUGAAUCUAAUAAGUUAAUCAAUCUCUAUCUAGGAGAAUAUAAUAAAAAUAAUCUUAAAUCAAAACAACAUUCAAUUGGUUUUAGAUAAUUGUAAGAUUAUUGAAUUAUACUUCAAUUCUAUCCCUUAUAAUAUUCAAUAUUUCUAUUAUAAUUAUGACAAUUGUACAGAAAUAAGAUUUAUAUAAAAUCAAAAACUUGUUAUUACUCAUAAUUAAAUUAGAUAAUUAAUUAAUUAAAAGAUCAAUUCAAUAAUAAAUUUACCAUAUAAUGUAUAUCAAGUAAGUCUUAAUAAAAAUAACUAAUAUUCCUUGGUUUUAAUAUUUUAUGAAUAUUAAGAUAUUAUCGCUAUUUCCUUGUAUUUUUUGUAUUCGAAUACAAUAAGUAAACUAUAUGAUUUGCCAUUAUAUAAUUAUUAAAUUAAAAUACCUAUCAAUUUCUAAUAUUAAGAAUCUAUUUUGUUAUUAUUAACAUAGAACAAUUAAUCUGAUAAUUUCUUAUUUAUCUAUAAUUGUAGUGAUAUUUCACUUAAAUCUUUAUUAUGGAUUAUUAAAUUAGAUAAUACUGAUUAAUAAAACUUUGGAUUUAUCAAUUCCAAACUUGACUUUUUUUAUUUACAAAAUAGGUCUAUAGUUAUACAAAAUAUCAAUCACAUUCACAUCAAAUAUUAAGAUUAUCAAAAUUAUUCUUAUCCCUUUUUUUCAUCAUCCAUAUUUAAUUUAAUUUUAGAAUCAUAAUUGCCUUUAUUCAAAAAAUAAACAAAUAUCAAAAUUAAACAAUAUUCUCUUAAUACUAAUUAAUAAUUGAUUCUUCUUAAAGAUGAUUUUAUUAAAAUUGAUUCAAAUGGUUACAUAGACCUAAUUAACAUAUAAGGAAUUAUUAAUUAAAUAGUAAUUCUUGAGAGUACUUAAUAAGAAUUAAUUCAUCCUUUAACUAUAUAUAAUUCAAAUCAGAUAUCCAAUUGUUUAUAUUAUACUAAUCAUUUGUGUAUUCGAUCUCAUUCUGUUAUUAUGUUUUAGUACUUGAAAUAAAUAUACAAAUUUUAAUUAGACAAAUCGAUAUAUCAUCAAUGUUAAAUCUAUUUUGAUAAACAAUACGAAACUUAUCAUAUUAUGGAAAUAGUUGAUAUUAACGAAUGGAAAUAAAUUAAUUUCAUCAAAAUUCAAUUUGAAAUAUAGUCUAUUGAUGGAUAAGUAUCAAUAAAUAAAAUUUAGGAAACUUAUUAUUCUAUUUUAAUGAUUGAAAUUUAACAAAUUAUAAAAAUUGAAGGUCUAAUCAUUUUGAUUUCGGAUUCUAUUAAUAGCAAUUUAAUUAUAUAAAAAUAAUUUAGUUAUGAAAUUAUUAAUUUUAAAUUAAGUUAUCCCCAUAUUACUUUUGAUGCAUACUUCAUAAAAAAUGGUACAUACUUCUUUAUGGCUGGUGAUAAUUAGUAACUACAACUAAAAGUAAUCUCUUUUAAUCUAAAUGAUUAAAAUUUAAAUUAUGAUACUUUAUUUAGUCAAGAAUUAUAGAUUUUAUAAAUUUUCUAAAACAUGCCUUUUAUUUAAUUUGAAUUACAAUUAAAUUUUAUAAAAAUAACAACAGUUGAUUUAAAAAAUAAUUCACUUAUAAUUUAAGCAAUAUUCUUUUUUUAUGAUACUUUUUUUGUUUUUAUUGAAAUUCAUUAUGACUUUGUAAAAUAAAUUCUAAUAUAAACAUAAAUUACAUCAAUUUUCAGAUAUGCUGAAUCAUCAAAAUUUAAUUAGCUAUUAUAUCUUGAUGAAAAUUUCAUAAUUAUAAAAGUAUCAACAAAUACCUCAAGGUCUUAAUUAUUAAUUUAUGAUUUAAGUUAUAUUCUAGAAAAAAAAGAAAUUGAUGCAAUCUAUUUGUUUUAAGAUAACAAUUAUACUACAAUUGAAAGGUAUAAUUAGACUCAUCAUGUAAUGCUUUAAUUUGAAAAAGACAUUCUCUAGAUAAAAUUGAUUUAGUUAUAAAAAUACUAAAUUAAGUGUAUAAAUCAAUGUAAUUUAAUAUUAAAAUUAUUAUUAUAAAAUGAUUUUUCAAGCAUAAUUGUUAAAACUAUUUAUUAAAAUGAUGCACCUCUAGUAAACUAUCAAUAAAUUAUAGUGUUUAUAUGUCUUCUUUGUAUUAUUUAUUUAACAAUAUAUAGAAAACAAAGAAUGUAACCUAAAUGA